AUGCGACACUGGCGCGCAGCCGCGUGUGCAGCCUUCAUCCCAGAGCUAGGGCCAUCGGCAGAUUCUGCCGCUGCAGCAUAUUCGGCUUCAAGAAUACACUCUGCAACAUCAUCUACAGCACACGAACCCCAAAUCGCGCAAGUUCAAAGGGCAGUUAAAGAUAUUCAAGGGCUCUUCACGGCACACGGUUUGAUUUCAGCCUUUUUGGGUACCAACCCGGCUGUUGUGCUGCAUGCGGAGCCCCAGUCGGCAGCCGAAGCUUCAGAAUCACCAACGGAAAGAACAGGUGAUGCAUCUGGAUGGGAAAAGCCACCAGCUCGCCUUGUCGCAUGGCCGUUGGGCGCUCCUGAGGCAUUCAUGAGGCAUGUUGAGCUCAAGCACGCUGGCCGUGAGAAACUGUCGCUGCAUGCAGCGUCCGCGGAUCCCUUCAUCCCAACGGCCUCUUGCCUUCCGGACUUUGCAUACCAACCUCCCCACGAUGACGUUGUCGCUGUGGUUUGGGGGACACCCUCAUUUUGGGCAGCAUUAUCAGUGGACGCGGUGUGCUCUCUGAUUGCCGCUUUUGUUCAGACGCAGGAAACACAGGAAGAGGAUGCUUCGCUAUUCCUCCAGGAAGAAGCUGCUGAUUUCUUACUCCGGAAAGCUCUUGUGCAAGCGGUCGUUAAGCGAGAGAAAACAGUAAAGGAGCUUCUGCAUCAUCCAGCUGCUCUCCGCGCUGCAGGUCUCCCUCACUGGGAGGAUCCGCUUAUGGAGGCUGAGCAAAGGGCUGCGCUUGGCAACAAGAAAGCCGAGAUAGCGCUCAUGCGGAGAGUUAUCGCAGCGCAAGAGGAAUACUUAAAAAGAAAAUCCGGCCCUUUCCGCUUUGCAAAGCAGCCCUUCUUUGACUCCGGUGAGAAGUGCCAAAUGCAGCUGGAAUGCAGUGUGCAUCAUCUGUGGGAAAGGGCUACUGUGAACACGUUUGAUAUAUAUCUAAAGAUCGGAGCUACUGCGCUGAUUUUCGUCGCGGACCUUUUUAGCGGGCUGGUGGGUGGGCAAUCAUCUCUGUAUGGAAAACUCUCCAGAGUCUGUGAAUGCAUGCCAUGGCCCCUUGCGAGCCGUUUGCGGCUCGUGUGGACUCCUGAAGGGUUGUGGGCACAUCCAGGAAAUACGUUUUCCUCCAAGUGUACCUUUUUUCACACAUGGGGGUUUUGGUGCUGCUCUUCAACCCCCCUACAAUCUACCACGCCAAGAGCAACGGCCAGGAAGAAGGACGCACCGUAUAUAUGCAUAGCCAGAGGCGCCCUAGCAAUCGACCACUCAACGCCAAGCUAUGAUAUGCGUCUAACGGCUGCACCAAUGCUACUCGAAAUGAAAUAUACACCAUGUGAAAAAUCGUCUAUUAAUGUAAACUUCCCCGUUCUUAAUGCAUUUUGGAAGCAGAGGUUUUUUGCCGACGCCUGCUUGAUUGAGGAGGGGGCCCCCAACCCCCCAGUCCCGAUCCCUCCUGUGCAACCGCGUUUUGUGGCUCUCGCCCUCUCUGGAAGCCAUUUUUCGUCUACGAGGGAGCGGGGGCCCCCGGAGGCCCCUAUCGUGGGCCCUCUCCCCCCAUUUCCCGAGGUGUUCUCCCCAAUGGCGCAUCGCCUCCGAGCGCCUUUCUGCUUCUCCGGAAGCGCACAGGGGGUCGUCUCGGGGCUGAGGGGCUCUUCCGGGGCCUGCUGUGAACUUGUAGAACGCAAGAACCUAUUGGGGGCAGACCAGGGAGAAACAUCGCCGUUUUUCCUGACGAGAAACGCCGUCUUCCUGGCUUCAGCUCUCUCGUGCGGCUGCCCCAGCCGCACUGCAGGUCCUCAUUGCUGCGGGUUUGCUGCGUUUGCGACAGCGACUUCGGACCCCUUGGGCGCCUCAGGGAGGGCACCCCCCAGCAGCCGUGCCGCCGGCAAAGGCGCCAGCGAAAGCGACGCGAAUGCCGUUAGCAAAGGGCAACGCGUUGGCGAAGAGGGGGAGGCUCUCCAGCAAGCCGUAGAAGAGGCCUUUUGUGUGUUUGGGGUCAUCUAUCGGCAUGCCCAAAAAGCCCCCAGUAGCGCCAGGAGUGCUACGUCUGCGGCAGCAUCGCCGGCAGUAACAUCGUCCUCCGCCUCUACUCAGACUACAGCACCAGCAGAAAACCAAGGAGUCGCCAUCUGUGCUGCUCGCGGCGCUGAGGGACCUCGCCAAUGCGGGUAUACGUACACCGCAGGCGUGGACUCCUCCCCUAUUGCUGCUGCUACAACAGCUGCCGCUUCUGAGCGCGUCAGAACUGCAGCAGGGGGCAGCCCUCCUUGCAGCUGCUGGUUGCCGGCCGCCGCUCCUCCUGCAGGGGCUCUGUGA